UAGAUGCCUUCAACCAAGCAUCAACCACGAGUCAUUGCCUGUAAAAAUUGACCUACUCUUCUCUUUUUUGUACACUAUAAAUAACUACUUGUAGAUAAUGCAACCGCAUACGUAGGAUCUCUGCCUUACAUUAUUCUUUCUCCUAACUAUACCAACAUAUUCUUCCUCAUUGUUUCAACGAUCAAGAGAUGAGUAAGGAAGCGAAUCACAGUGAAGCUUCAGAACGUCCACCUCCCCGUUUGAAUGAGAGGAUCCUCUCAUCUUUGUCAAGGAGAUCAGUGGCAGCACAUCCUUGGCAUGAUCUUGAGAUUGGACCUGGCGCCCCUAGCAUUUUCAAUUGUGUGGUGGAGAUAUCAAAGGGAAGUAAGGUUAAAUAUGAACUUGAUAAGAAAACAGGACUGAUUAAGGUUGAUCGAAUUCUAUAUUCAUCAGUGGUCUAUCCUCAUAACUAUGGUUUCAUCCCUCGCACGUUAUGUGAAGAUAAUGAUCCAAUGGAUGUUUUGGUUAUCAUGCAGGAGCCAGUUCUUCCUGGAUCCUUCUUGCGGGCCAAGGCCAUUGGACUGAUGCCAAUGAUUGAUCAGGGAGAGAAAGAUGAUAAGGUCAUUGCAGUCUGUGCUGAUGAUCCAGAGUACAAGCACUACACUGACAUCAAAGAGCUUCCCCCUCAUCGCCUCUCUGAGAUCCGUCGUUUCUUUGAAGACUACAAAAAGAAUGAGAACAAGGAGGUUGCAGUUAAUGAGUUUUUACCUUCGACUGCUGCUGUUGAAGCCAUCCAGUACUCGAUGGACCUUUACGCAGAGUACAUUAUGCAUACUCUGAGGCGGUAGACAUUUCCUUUUCUUUCCAUUUCUCAUCUGUGUUUCUAGUGAUGGAGAUAAAUCCAUCCAUUGAAUAAGUUGGUUUUAUGAACAACACACAGGAUGAUGAAUUCAAUGUUUUGCAAUUUUCUGAUGAAUAUUUUUUGGUUUGUUUAUUUGAACAAUUUUAUGAGAAGGGGUUAUCUAUCCACCUGAAAUACUUGAUUUGGAUUUUCAUUCAA